UUGAGCAUGUGACCCCUACUGUCAAAAGCAGGAAGUGAACGAUGGAAAGUGCCAUAAUGUGAGCUGUAUGUCUUUUCACAGAGUUAUUUUCUACUUUUCACUUUAUUUACACAAUAACAAGGUGCAACAGGACGCGGUGUUUGCAUCCUCCGGAAGCAGGUCCCUAAGGUCAUGUGAUCAAGGCCCGGUGGUUGAAAACUCACGGUGACAGGAGGGCCUUCUCAGCAGGACUCCACAGCGCUCUUCCCUUUAGUUUGAGUCCCAAAAUGGCCUCCGGAGCACAAGAGAAACAGUACACGCCAUCCCUUCUCAGUUUUUUCAUUUAUAACCCCACGUUUGGACCGCGGGAAGGAGAGGAGGAGAAAAAGAUUUUGUUUUACCACCCGAGUGAGGUCGAGAAAAAUGAGAAGAUCCGAAAUGUGGGCCUUUGUGAGGCCAUCGUUCAGUUCACCAGGACUUUCUGUCCAACCAAACCAGCCAAAUCCCUGCACACGCAGAAGAAUCGGCAGUUUUUCUUUGAGCCAGAGGAACAUUUCUGGAUAGUCAUGGUGGUCCGAAACCCAAUGAUUGAGAAGCCGAACAAAGAUGGCAAACCUCCCGCAAUAGAGUAUCAAGAAGAAGAAAUACUUGACACGGUUUAUGGCGCAGUGGUACGGCAGUGCUACAGCAUGUACAAGCUAUUCAACGGCACGUUUGGCAGAGCGAUGGAAGCCGGUGGCGUGGAGCUGCUCAUUCAGAAGCUUGAAAAGUUCUUCUACAGGUAUCUGCAGACGCUCCACUUGCAGUCCUGUGACCUGCUGGACGUAUUUGGAGGCAUCAGCUUCUUCCCGCUGGACAAGAUGACCUACCUGAAGAUUCAGUCUUUCGUCAACAGAGUGGAGGAGAGCCUCAGUCUGAUCAAAUACACAGCUUUCCUCUAUAAUGACCAGCUGAUCUGGAGCGGGCUGGAGCAGGACGACAUGAGGAUCCUCUACAAAUACCUGACCACGUCGCUGUUUCCCAGGCACUCAGAGCCCGAGCUGGCCGGCAGGGACUCUCCUCUCAGGCCUGAGGUCACAGGAAAUCUGUUGCAUUAUGGGAGGUUUUUGACAGGACCUUCUAACCUUAAAGACCCAGAGGCUAAAUUCCGGUUUCCGAAAAUAUUUGUCAGUGCAGAAGAAGGCUACGAAGAGCUGCAUCUGAUUGUUUAUAAGGCAAUGAGCGCUGCUGCUUGUUUUAUGAUCAGUGCCACUGUGGAGCUUACGAGGGAGUUCUGCGAGCAGCUGGACAGCUUGGUGGGCCCCCAGCUUACUUUGCUGGCAUCAGAUAUAUGUGAACAGUUCACAAUUAACCGCAGGAUAUCUGGGCCGGAGAAGGAGCCCCAGUUUAAGUUCAUCUACUUUAACCACAUGAAUCUGGCAGAGAAGAGCACCAUUCACAUGAGAAAGACCGCCAGCGUGUGUCUGACCUCGGUCCACCCCGACCUCAUGAAGAUACUGGGUGACAUCAACUGUGACUUCGCCAGGUUUGACGAAGAUGAGGAAAUCAUCGUAAAAGCUAUGACGGAUUACUGGGUCGUCGGCAAGAAGUCGGACCAGAGAGAGCUGUAUGUGAUCCUAAAUCAAAAGAACGCCAAUCUGAUUCUAGUAAACGAAGAAGUAAAGAGGCUUUGUGCGACGCAGUUCAACAACAUUUUCUUCUUGGACUGAGCAGACGGCGACAUACCACACUAAAAACUGUCCGCUUUGCAGGGUUUCAGCGACAGCAUCAGCGUAAUGCAAUAAUUGCAUUGUAAAAUAAACAAUAUUGUUAAAAAGUUUUCUCACCAAGUUUUUUUUUUAUUUAACGGACAUAAAUUGCAAUUUUAUGAUGUAACUACCUGUAAAAAUACAGAUUUGAUAGUGUGUACUUAAUCUCAUUUUCUCUGUACAUACUUGUAGGAUUUUAUCAUCUGUUCCUGCUAAGUUCCCCAUGUAUUUGUGGAUAUUUUUAAUGAGAUCAUGAUGACAAUGUCUCACUUUAAUUUAAAAAAUGGAGUGUUCACUCCAGUUAUCACUUAUGGUUUUAAGAUGUUAUGUCAGGACUAAUUUGGGGUUUGUAUGCAACUGCACUAACUUGAAAUAAAAAGAGAAGUAAUUUUCUUAAAUGUU